UGUGCAGUGGUCGUGAACGCGCACCGCCAGACCUCCGCUGCCGCUGCGUGCGCGUCCCCGCGCUCCCUCAGGUGAAUGGAGAGAGGGAGCGGAGUCCUGCGUGCGUCUGCAGCCGAGCUCAAGUGACUAAAAUGGGGCUUCGCGGACCGAGCAGCUCGGGGGUGUUCCUGACAGUCAGCCUUCUGUGGGUGACUGGAUGCUUCACCCAAAAAGUUUACUUUGAUUGUGGAGCCAAGGUGGAUGUUGUGGAUGUGCAGGGCCUCAUUCUGUCCCCUGGCUUCCCAUAUAACUAUUCAUCUGGAACUCACUGUGUGUGGCAGUUCUUUGUACCUGUUGGUCACCAGCUAAUCAUGGAGAUGUUUGAUUUUGAUGUCUUUGAGAGUCACGACAGUGCCGUUGUGGACGAGGUACUGAACGAUGGUGGCGCGCUGGUGUCGAAAAGCCUCGGAAGUCCAAAAGAACCCCAGUCCACACUCCGAGAGGACGUCAAGCAAGUGGUGAUCCAAGAACAGUCCACCAAAAUGGAGAUGACCAAAGUUUCCAAUUCUGCCAAAAUGCUCUCCGAUCCCCCCUCGGCUCCACAAGCAUCUCUUCCAGUUGAAAACAGAAAUUCUGUUUCAUCUCAGGCAUCAAGAGCAGCCAUUGACUUUAUCAUUUCAAGCCCACGAACGGCCACAGAAACGGGUGACGCUGUGAGCCCUGAGACCCAGGCACCUUUGAUCGAUGCCUGUCCCAACGAUGUUCUCUACAUAUCAGAUCUCAUCACCUUCUCCUCCCGAUUCUGCGGCUCUAGACGGCCUUCUAGCAGCCAGUUAGUGUUUGGAUCUGAUGAUGACAUGGUUGAGGUCAUUAUGGAGUUGAUUACCACUACCCACUGGGGCCGUGGUUUCGCUCUCCUUUUCCAUUAUCAGAAUCAAACUCAGACCGCCACAAGCGAACAUCAGAGAUCACUAUUGACCUCCGACAGCAGAACUGGUGUUGUACUGCUCGGUGCUGUAAGUGGGACAGUUGUAUUUGCUGUGGCCCUUGCUGGCAUCCUCUGUGUGAUUUUCAGGCCGAAACUGUGCGCAAAAGGAGCCAAUGCUUCCUCUUCCAUCAGCUCAGAGGUUCCAGAAGGAAUGCUAAAUUCAGCGGCAGAUGUGAGUGAACUGCAGAUGGUUUCUCCCAAUCACUUGGAGCAGCAGCCGGGAGCAACAGGUGCGUAG